AGUUUUCAGCAUCAUUUUAAGUGUCCCAUUAAAUCUCUCAAGAAGUCCUUUAGUCUGGGAGUUACAGAGAAUGACCAGAGAUGUUGAAUCCCACAUUUCUCUCUUAGUGUGGGUAGACAUAAAGUAUUGUGCUCUCUUCUCCUUGAUUAAGCCUCUCGAGGAAUGAAACCAUCAUUGUGUUGUCUCAGCUCUUUAGCUGUUGUGGACGCAUGAUGUGUUUCCUAACUGCAAGCUGUUUAGAAGAGCACCCAUCCUGUGAAAUGAUACAAAAGAGGAAGCCUUUAUGGACACUGAUUCUCUUCUGAGACAGAGAGAGAGCGAGAGAACGAGAGGCACAUACACAAAAAGAACCACAUCAUGAUCGCCACGGAAGCCAAGAAAUAUAAAAAAUUGUGACCAAGACCCAAAGGACAAAUACUGUUAAUUCCCUUCCACAGCAUCUAUUCCAGACCAAGAGAUACAAUGGAAAAAGAUUUUUGAACCAUCCCCUCUGUGUGAUGCUGUCUGCUUUUGCAAAAUGCUCUGGGAGGAUUCAGUCAAUGAAAGUUAGGGGCCUAAAUACUGUUGUGGAUCUGAGCCUAAGUGACUUGCCUCAGUUUACACAGGACAUCUGUGACAGAGCAGGGAAUUGAACCCAGGUCUCUGACUAGUGGUACCCCAGGGCUAAAAUUCAAUAACAUGAACUGGCAGCUGGUGAUUCCUGGCUUGAUCAUCUUGGCCAUUAAACUCGUCGGAAUGUCCCUGUUCAUUGUAUAUUUUCCACAGAUCUUCCCCACUCUGGGUUCUCAGAGGAUGCUCAAUUCCACAACUGAGGGGAACAGACCAGUUUCACAGAUCUUCUCCACUGAUGACUCAACAGAGAACUCUUGGUCUUCAACCAGCAGUGGAAGAACAAACUGCCCGAUACGGUGGACUUUUCAAAGGGGAAAAUGCUACUUCUUUUCUGUUCAGGAAAAGACUUGGAAUGCCAGUCAAAGAGCAUGUUCUGAAGCAAACUCUAGUUUAGUGAUCAUCAACAGCAAAGAGGAACUGGAGUUCCUCCAUAAUAACACAAAAGCUGAAGAUUACUUCAUUGGAUUGUCAGUCGGAGGAGCUGAAGGUAGAUGGAAAUGGAUUGACAACACAGAGCUUAACACAGACAUAUUUAUGAUACCUUUGAAUAGUGACACCUUUGCUUGUGUUGUAAUCGGAUUAACUGUCGUGGGUACUAUAUCUUGUUCUGUACCAAACCGCUGGAUCUGUGAAAAGAAAGCAUAACAGCUCCCUUGGACAGAGGAAGACUCUGGGGCUAACUGGAACUUGGGUGGUACUGUUAGAGCAAGCCAUUCGGAGUCAGGAGACAGGUUUUCUUCUAUACUAUAUUGGCUGAAAGGCCUUGGGAUAGUUACUUUGGCUUUUUGUGCCUCAGUUUUCCCAUCUGUAGAAAAAGAAUAAUAGUAUCCACUUUUGUAAAGUAUACCCUUGAGCUCCUCAAAUGACAUGCACUAAGGUGGUGCCAUGUACUGAUGUUAAUGCCCAUAUAAUGCUAUAUUCACACAAACUUCAGUAAAUCAUUCUCAUAUAAAAUUGCAUAGAGGCUAAUUCUCUCUCUUACACACACACAUGCAGUCAGGGACAAACUUACCACUGACAUAAGCAGGUGCAAUUCUAUUGACUUCAUAAUAAAAUGCAGAGAAUCCUUGAAUUAAAAUAAGCAUGACAGCUAAAAAGUGGAGGCUGAAGAAGACAAAAGUAGUGUUGGAAAUGACAAUGGUUAAAAACACUGUUAUGUAGCAAGGUGUGGGGGCAGAGCAAGACCUGUGCACCUGGAAGACCCUGUUCAGACCAAGGACAUUAGAAUCCUUGGAACUGUUGAGAACAACACAAUUUUUCUGGAGGCCCUUGUUAAAAGCAAUAUAGCAGCUCAGCUAUAUUUAGCACUUUGGUAGAGCUUUAUGGGCCUGAUUCUCUGCUCACUUUCACAGGAAUAACUUCAUUAAUGUCUAUGGAGUUACACCAGUUCAAAAUCAACCUGGCACCAGGAGUAAAAUCUUGACCCCACUGGAAUCAAUAGCAAAACUCUCACUGACUUCAAUAGGGUGAGGAUUUCACCCCUAAUCAUGUGAGAAAUGCACAAACAUUAGCUAAUUAAAGAGAACACAGUUUCCUGUAGGUUGAACACUGUUGUUACUGACCACCACAAUGAAACACAUGGAAGGUACACCACAAAGGGAAGUACAACGCUUGACACACUUCCUGUAAUGUAUAAACCGGAAGAUUUUUAAUAGCAGUGGCUGUGGUGAGACGCUAAGAUCGUAUUAUAGAUGGCACGAAUUGUUAAUGUUUCUGGACUUAAGCCUUGUGAUGCAACAGGGAAGUAAAAAAAUUGUAAAAAAAAAAUGCAGUGUUGUUAUAGCCAUGUCAGUCUCAGGCUAUUAGAGAGACAAUGUGGGUGAGAUAAUAUCUUCUUUUAUUGGACCAACUUCUGUUGGUGAUAACCUGAAGAAGAGCUCUGUUUAAGCUUGAAAGCUUAUAUCUCUCACCAACAGAAGUUGUCCAGUAAAAGAUAUUACCUUAUUGUAAAGAAGAGUUUUUUUGACAGAGCAUUUCCAUCUCAGUCUGUUGCAGGCAAAACUGAAACAUUUAUCCUGAAAUAAACCGCCUUGUUUUGGGGGUAAAUUCAGCAGUGCAACUGCUGGAGAUAAUCACUGAGGAGACUGUGAGGUGAAGGCUCCCAAUCCAUACUUUUGGAGAACUAAACCAUAGUUAUAUUCAAGACUACCCUAAAAGGCUACCCUCUCUUUUAAGGGAUGACAUCAAAGUAUUCCUCAGUUGUACUAAGUAUAGCUCAGCUCCACUUCUAUUAAAAGACCCCCUCAAUUAAGCAACCAAAUGUCAGUCCCUUUGGUGGUUACUUAAGAUGGGUUUCACUAUAUAUUUCAUAUACCCAGAUUCUUGGUCCAAUUUGUGCUGAAGACAGAGCCCUUACUGGGUUCAUCACCACUAUAUUUGACCCAUUAUCCUGAAGGAUUGCUAAUUGAAAUUUGCUAUUUGCCUUUUAUUGUAAUGUAAGAGUGCUGUUGUCUUGUUAUGCUUUUAGAUUAUUUGAUUUAUACUGUAUCUUCAGUUGUAUCUAAUCUAAUCCAUUCUAUUUAUAUCACAUAACCAC